UGCUCAUAUCUCUACGCGCCAACUGAAACUGGGUUGUUUUUGACGCGCCGUUUCAAUCGCUGGAGCACUGCCGUAUUGCUCUUUGACACCUUCGUUGAAGAGAUUAUCUCCGCCGCCGCUCAUCGGUAUCACCGGCGCCUGGUGUCUCACGGAGAGAGAGAGAGAGAUUCAUCAACAUGAUCAACAGAACUGUAUUCUCUGCUUUGAAGAGAUCGAUUCUUCCAUCGUCUUCGUCGCAAUUACUCCCGUUCUUUUCCUCCUCCGCUUGUCGAUCUGCUAGCACAUUGGUUUUGGCGGAACACGAUGGCGGAUCCAUCAAUGCCGCUUCCGUUAGUGCUAUAGCGGCUGCCGGUUCUUUGAGCAAAGACAGUUCGAUUUCCGUCUUGUUGGCUGGCUCAGGGCCUUCGCUUCAGGAAGCUGCUGAACAUGCUGCCUCUUGUCACCCAUCUAUUUCUCAGGUGCUUGUUGCUGAUUCCGAUACAUUUACAAACCCCCUGGCAGAACCUUGGGCUCAAUUAGUCCAAUUGGUUCAACAGAGGAAUGGAUAUUCUCAUGUAAUUGCGGCUUCAGGUUCCUUUGGGAAGAACAUUCUUCCACGCGCUGCUGCUCUUUUAGAUGUUUCUCCUGUUACCGAUGUCGUUGCUAUCUCUGAAUCUCGUCAAUUCGUGAGGCCCAUAUAUGCUGGCAAUGCGCUUUGUAAAGUUCGAUACACCGGGGCUGACCCUUGUAUGUUGACCAUAAGAUCUACAUCAUUCCCAGUGACCUCGAAAUCAGUAGAGUCGACAUCGAAUAAGUCCCCUAUAACUCAGGUCGAUCUCUCAACAUUUGGUGGAGAUUCUAUUGGAAAAUCUAGAUAUGUAAAGCAAACAUCUCAGGAAGCAGAACGACCCGAUCUUGCGAAUGCACGUGUUGUUGUCACGGGAGGACGUGGUUUAAAGAGUGCCGAGAACUUCAAAAUGAUAGAGAAGCUCGCAGCAAAGCUUGGUGCUGCAGUUGGUGCCACACGUGCUGCUGUUGAUGCUGGAUUUGUGCCCAAUGAUCUUCAGGUUGGACAAACUGGUAAAAUUGUAGCACCAGAACUGUAUAUGGCUUUUGGUGUAUCAGGAGCCAUUCAACAUUUGGCUGGGAUCAGAGACUCUAAGGUUAUUGUGGCUGUGAAUAAGGAUGCAGAUGCGCCUAUAUUUAAGGUUGCUGACUAUGGACUCGUUGGCGAUCUUUUCGAGAUUAUACCAGAGUUGCUCGAAAAGCUACCCGAAAGUAAGUAACUUUAUCACUGGCUGAAUAGUGUUGGAAGGCGUUCAAAGGGGGAAAAAGGAUAUCCCAUUGUCUGAAUCUUUGGUCAUUUAUACAUACAAAAAGGAUGUCAAGUCACGAAGGGUUGGUAAUAGACCUGAAAUCAAUAAAAUGGAUGGUUUCCUCCCCACAAAA